AUGAUAUCAAAGUUAUAAUUAGUAUGGGUUGACAGCAACAUUAAUAAUUAUGAAAACUAAAUCUAUUAGAAGCGAUUAAAAUAGAUAAUUAAUGAGUGUAGUUUCAUUAAUUCAACUAAUGAGGCUUUAAAAAUUGUUUAAAAUCUACAACAGCGAGGGGAUUAAAUUAUACUAAUUGUUUCUGGCUCUAUUAUUGAAGAAACUAUUAAUUUUGCUUUAAGCAAUAAUUAAAUUGUCUUUUGUGGGAAUUUUAAAGUCCAUUUUUCUAAAUUUUUGGAAACUAAAAAUUUAUUAGUCCUUAUUGAUUCUGGUAUUUCAAAAGUUGAAAAUUAUGUAAAAUAAAAUAUCGAAUUCUUAAAAGCUUAAUAAUCUUUGAUAUUAUAGUUUCAUUAGAAAGUAAACCAUUAGGAGCAAUACAGUCAUUAGUUCUAGGAAAUAAGUAUCAAAUUUUUACUUAUCAACUAAAAAUUGUAAGAAAAUUAUGAGGACAAAGAGGAAUAACUUAAUUUAGAAAUUGGGAAACUUCUAUCAUAAGAGAUGUUAACAACUUUUUAAUAGUCUGUGAAAAGAAAAGAAACUUUAAAAAUAGAAAAAACUAAAGAGAAGUUUAAUAAUUUUGAGAAACUAAUUUAUUAUUACACAAGAGAUGACUAGCCGAUUUCAUUCUAUAAGAUUUUGAAUUAGAAACUUGCCUAAUAAAAAUAUGAAGAAUUGGAAUAAAUCAUGUGCACAAUCUUUUAUGGAUAUUCAAAUUUAAAAAAUUAGAGCUUAUCUACAAAUAAAUUGUAUAGAGGGAUUAGUUUCUCAUUAUCUCAAAAGGAUGUUUAUGAAAACAUUAUUGAAGAAUUAAAACAUUGUUAAAGAAAUAACAAGAGUAUAUUUUGGAACUCUUUAACUAGUACUACAAUGAAAUAAAGUGCUACAAGUUAUUUUUUGUAAUUUUAAUUCAAAAUAUUAUUUGAAAUUUCCUUAAGUCAAGUAAAUCCUCAUCCAUACUUCAAACUUGAAGACUAUAACUCUGAAAUUCCGAAUGAAGAGGAAGUAAUAUUAUUCCCCUAAUUUGAAUUUCAAGUCUCAGGCAUAUAUUAAAAUGACAAAAGUUUCAUUAUUAGAAUAAAUUAAGUUGAGAAUAAUUUUGCAAUGGCCUUGGAUGUUGCAAAGAGAAAGCAAUAUUGGGAAAACAGAAUUAAUGAUGACCUUAAACCAAAAUUACAAACAAUUACUUCCUUUAAUUAAAUUAGAAUUAAUUAGAUAAUGAAAAAAAUAAGAAAAUUUUCAUUACUUGACGAAGAUAUCAGAAAAAUCCUGAAAACUAAUACAGAUGAUUAUUUUUUAAAGUUAGUAUCCUAGCUUCAAUAGUUUUGUGAUAAUUAGGAUGUUCAUGUAAAUUAUCUUUCUUAAGUUUUAUCAGUAAUUGAAUAAGAAUUCUCAUUUGAAAAUAGUAUAACAGAUGGAUUUUUUUAAGUAUCAAUGAAUUUAUUCUAGAAAUGUAAAGAACGCUUAAUAAAUGAAUUUAUAUAAAUAAUUAAAAAGAUUUAUAAUCUAGAAAAAUUUAAGAAUGAUAUCAAAAGAUUAAUAGAAAAUAGUAUCAAGCAAUCUGAAAUAAUGAGAAAGAAGAAUGAAUAUAAUGAAGAUUUGGAUCAGGUAUUAUUGUUGUCAAAAGAAGUAGAUGGAUGCUUAUUUAAAAUACUGAUUGAUAUGUUUAAAAAGGAGAAAAUUUAAAAUUGCCUUAAAUUCCUUUCAAAAGAUUGUUAUAAAAAGCAUUUAGAACAAUACAUUACUGAUGGAGCAUAGUCAUAAUCUAUUAAUAAGCAGAAGUACAAAAAAAUAAAAAAUGAGAUUAAAUUUAUUUCUAAUGUUAUCUAUAUAAUUAAAGAACUUGACUUUAAUAAAAAUGAUUAUUCGACAGAGAAUUAUUAGGAAAAUAGAAAAAAUCUAAUCUUAAGUAUUUAAAAAGAAGUGUAAAUUAUACAAUUUUUAAGAUUUUUGGUCCUCCUCACUGCAAUAGAUAAUGAAUUCAUUUAGUGUGGAUCUAAUUCUUUAAAUUUAUUAGUUGAAAUGAAGGUUGACUUAAGUAAACAGUGCUUCGAAAAUAUUAAAAUAAAAAAUACUUCAUUAGCAGGAGGCAAUUUUUUCGGAUGUAAUUUAAGUGGAUCUGAAUUUAAUAAUGUCGAUAUUAGCGGAAUAAAUUUAAAUAAUGCCUUAUUAUUCAAUUGUAAAUGGAGAGACUUAAAAAUACUUGAAUUAUACAAAAUAGAUGGACAUGAUGAUAAAGUUUUGUCUGUAUAUUUCUCUCCAGAUGGUAGUACUUUAGGAUCUGGCAGUGCAGAUCAUUCUAUACGUUUAUGGAAUGUUAAGACAGGAUAAUAAAAAGGCAAAUUAGAUGGUCAUACUGGCACUGUUCAUUCUAUCUGCUUCUCUCUUGACGGUUUUACUUUAGGAUCUGGUAGUGCAGAUACUUCUAUCCGUUUAUGGGAUAUUAAAACAGGAUAAUAAAAGGCGAAAUUAGAUGGUCAUACUAGUAUUGUUUAUUCUGUCUGCUUCUCUCCUGAUGGUAAUAUAUUAGCAUCUGGUAGUGAUGAUAACUCUAUCCGCGCAUGGGAUGUGAAUACAGGACAAUAAAAAGCCAAAUUAAAUGGUCAUAGAGCAGUAUGCUUCUCUCCUGAUAAUCAUACAAUGGCAUUUAGUAAUGAAGAUAAUUUUAUUCGUUUAUGGGACAUUAAAGCAGAGCAAGAGAAUGCCUAAUUAGGUAGUCAUAAUAAUUAUGUUCUAUCGCUCUGUUUCUCUCCUGAUGGUACUAUUUUAGCAUCUGGUAGCGAUGAUAGGUCUAUUUGUUUAUGGGAUGUUUAGACAAAACAAUAAAAAGCCAAAUUAGAUGGUCAUACUAGCACUGUUUAUUCAGUAUGUUUUUCAACUGAUGGUGCAACAUUAGCAUCUGGUAGUGCAGAUAACUCGAUUCUAUUAUGGGAUAUUAAAACAGGACAAGAAAAAGCCAAAUUAUAAGGUCACGCUGCCACUGUCUAUUCAUUAUGUUUUUCACCAGAUGAUACGUUAGCAUCUGGAAGUGGAGAUAGCUAUAUAUGUUUAUGGGAUGUUAAAACAGUAAAAUAAAACAAAAGUUUAAAUGGUCAUGACAAUUAUGUUCUAUCAGUAUGCUUUUCUCCUGAUGGUACCUCAUUAGCCUCUGGAAGCGCAGAUAGCUCAAUUUGUUUAUGGGAUGUUAAAACAGGAAUAUAAAAGGCCAGAUUAGUUGGCCAUAGUGAAUGGGUUUAAGCAGUAUGCUUCUCUCCUGAUGGUACCAUUUUAGCAUCUGGAAGUGAUGAUAAGUCUAUUUGUUUAUGGGAUAUUUAGGCAUUAAAAUAAAAAGGCUAAUUACAUGGUCAUACUAGCUCAGUCUCAUCAGUAUGUUUCUCACCUGUUGGCUAUACUUUGGCAUCCGGCAGUCAAGAUAACUCCAUAUGCUUAUGGGACUUUAACACAAAAUAAUAAUAUGGCAAGUUAGAGGGUCAUACUAAUUAUAUUUAGUCAAUUAUGUUUUCACCUGAUGGAGACACAUUAGCAUCUUGUGGUUUUGAUAAAUCUAUUCGUUUAUGGGAUGUUAAGACAAGAUACUAAAAAGCCAAACUGGAAGGUCAUAGUGGAUGGAUUUAUACACUCUCUUUCUCUCCUGAUGGUACUAUUUUAGCAUCUGGUAGCGAUGAUAGGUCUAUUUGUUUAUGGGAUGUUUAGGCAAAACAAUAAAAAGCCAAAUUAGAUGGUCAUACUAGCACUGUUUAUUCAGUAUGUUUUUCAACUGAUGGUGCAACAUUAGCAUCUGGUAGUGCAGAUAACUAUAUUCGAUUUUGGGAUAUUAAAACAGGACUAGAAAAAGCUAAACUAGUUGGUCAUGCUAAUACAUUAUAUUCAGUAUCCUUUUCACCUGACGCUAUGAUAUUAGCAUCCGGUAGUGCAGAUAAUACCAUCCGUUUAUGGAAUGUGUAAUCAGAAUAUGAGAAACAAAAUUUGGAUGCACGUAGGGAACGAUGUCAUUAAGUAACCAUUUCACCUAAUCAAGCAAUGUUAGCAUCUGGUAGUUAUGAUAACUCUAUUUCGUUAUGGGAUGUUAAAACAGGAAUAUAAAAUGCAAAAUUAGUUGGCCAUAGUCAAUAGGUUUAAUCUUUAUGCUUCUCUCCAGAUAGUACUCUUUUAGCAUCUGGUAGUGAUGACAAGUAGAUAUUUUUAUGGGAUGUAUAGAUUAGACAAUAAAAAGCCAAAUUUUAUGGUCAUGUUAGUACUGUCUAUUCAGUUUGCUUUUCUCCUGAUGGAUCUACAUUAUUAUCUGGUAGUAAAGAUUACUCAUUCUAUUUGUGGGAUGUUAAGACAAGCCAGUAAAGAGCCACUUUAGAUUGUCAUAAAGCCUUGUGCUUCUCACCAGAUAGCAAUACAUUAGCAUACGGUAUUUAUGAUGGUUCAAUCCUUUUAUGGAAUGUUAUUCAAAGCCGGUAAACAGCCAAAUUAAUUGGACACACUAAUUAUAUCUAGUCAUUAUGUUUUUCUCCUGAUGGGAACAGAAUAGCCUCAGGUAGCCGUGAUAAUUCCAUCAAUUUAUGGCAUGGGAAGACAGGAUAAUUACAAGCAAAAUUAAUUGGUCAUAGCAAUUGGAUCUAUUCAAUAUGUUUCUCUCUUGAUGGUUCACAAUUAGCUUCUGGAAGUUAUGAUAAUUCUAUCCAUUUAUGGGAUGUAAGGAAUAGACAGCUUAAAGUUAAACUAGAGGGCCAUAAUAAUUGUUGCUCUUCAUUGUGCUUCUCCUCUGAUAGUACUACAUUAGCAUCUGGUAGUGUAGAUAACUCAAUUAGAGUAUGGAAUCUUAAAACAGGAGAAUAAUUGAAACCCUCAGAUAAAAGCUAUAAAAACAUUCUCCCUUGGUUUUAAGCAUAGCUUAAUAACAAUUUUACUACUAACACUACAGUUCUCUGUAUCUCCCAAUCACUCUAAUUUUCAGUAAAUGGAACUUUCAUUCUUUAAGGAGAAUUUUUCAAUCAUUAAGGCAAUGAUUUAAGAUAACUAUUUAAAUAAAAAGGAUGUUACAUUUUUGAAAGCUAAAUUGAAUUACAAAAAAAGGCUUCUUAAACAUGUAUAAUGUCAUGA